CAAGAUAGAAGUGCCCAAAAUUUGCUCAUGUUACCUGUCUCCCUCCCACAAUCAUUAUCUGCCUCCUCUAAAUUAAAUUCUCUUUAUUUUCCUUUUCUUUUUUACUUCUUCUCCCUCCUUCUACCCAAAUUCAAUUCUCUCUUUAAACAAUGAACUCUUACAUUUUUCUUUUGAUUUUGCAUUCAAUUCAAUACAUUUACUUCCCAACCCAUAAUUUAAUUCAUUUAUUAUUUUAAUCUCUUUCUCUUUCUUCUAAUUGCUUUUUUUUUUUUUUUUUUUUUUUUUUUUGCUGUUGCUGUUCUGCUCUUCAUCAGUGUCAAUUUAAUGGAUCUGCAACCCACCAUUUCUCUCUCUUAAACCCACCAUUGUUUUCUCUUUCCAUCAAUGUAGUUCAACACAAAUACAAGAAAAAGAAUCAAACUUUCAUACCCUCACCAAAAACCCACAAAAACCCAUGAAUCCUCUUUGCUGCAUUGCCCCGGUUUCAGUUGAUAAAGAAAAAUCCCCAAAUGUGAUUGGAAAACCACCAGAAAUAGGGUUUGAUGCAUCGAUUUCACUAAAAGCCCAAAUCAGUAACAAUGGUGGGAUUAAUUUGGGGUUUUCUAGGCAUAGUUAUUCAGCUCAAGUGUCAUCAGUGAGUAGUAGUACAACAGUGUUGGAUCAGCUACAUCAUCAUGAGGCUGAAGAUGUGAUGUUGAUGAAUGGUAGAGAUUUGAGGGUGUAUGGUAGUAAUCAUGGGGGUGCUGUAGCUGGGAUACUUUAUAAAUGGGUGAAUUAUGGUAAAGGUUGGAGGUCAAGAUGGUUUGUAUUGGAAGAUGGGGUUCUUUCAUAUUAUAAAUUGCAUGGUCCAGAUAAGAUUUUGGUCACAAGUUCGAGCCCUAGGAGUGAGAAAAAUGGGGUGAGAGUUAUUGGGGAAGAAUCAGUUAAGUAUAUGAGGAAGAAUAAUGGUAAUGGUAAUGGUAAUGUUAGUGUUAGUAGUAAUAAUAAUAACAUUGGAACUAAUAAUUAUAGUAAUGGCAAUAGGAUUAGUAGUGGUGGUUUAUCAAGUUAUAAUAAGCAGUGGAAACCCUUUGGAGAAGUUCAUUUGAAGGUUUCUUCAGUUCGUGCAAGCAAGUCAGAUGAUAAAAGGCUGAGCAUAUUUACUGGAACAAAGACACUUCACUUGCGUUGUGUGUCUAAAGAGGAUAGAUCAGCAUGGAUCGACGCACUAUUAGCUGCUAAAGAUUUGUUCCCUAGAGUGUUGACAAGCAACGAUUUUGCUCCUGAAGACAUUGUUGUGUCCACAGAGAAGCUUCGACGAAGGAUGUUGCAGGAAGGCAUUGCGGAGCCAGUGAUUAAGGAUUGUGAGUCUAUUAUGCUUACUGAAGUCUCCGAGCUGCAGGGUCAGUUUAAAGCUCUUCAACACAAACAUGUCUCGUUGCUGGAAACUUUGAGACGGCUAGAGACCGAGAAGAUAGAGCUGGAGACGACUGUGGUUGAUGAAACAAAGAGAAGAGAUUCGUGUUGCGGACAAGGAAAUAGAAGAUUCAGUGAUUUCUACUCCAUCAUGUCUGAAGGUAGUGGGUCGGACUCUGAUGUGGAGAAUGAAAGUCAAUAUGGUGUGGACGCUGAAUCAGAUGAAGAUGAUGGCACAUAUUUCGAUACAAACGAUUAUUUGGCUUCUGAGUUUUUGAGAAGUGCUUCGUGUCGUGGACGAGAAUCCUUUGCAGAUGCUUGCAGUUCUCUAGGGCAGGAUUGUUCACAGGAGCUUCCAAUGGGUAUCAGACCCGUGGAAUACCCGUACGUCAAAAGAAGGGAUAGUUUACUGGAACCAAAGGAAAAAGAAAAGCCUAUUGGAUUAUGGUCUAUUAUCAAGGACAAUAUCGGGAAGGACCUCUCGGGAGUUUGUCUUCCUGUUUACUUUAACGAACCCCUUUCGUCGUUGCAGAAAUGCUUCGAAGACUUGGAAUAUUCAUACUUGGUAGAUAGGGCUUUGGAAUGGGGGAAGCUGGGAAAUGACUUGAUGAGAAUUUUGCAUGUAGCUGCCUUUGCAGUAUCUGGCUAUGCUUCGACAGAGGGUCGUCAAUGCAAACCUUUUAAUCCCCUUCUCGGAGAAACCUAUGAGGCUGACUACCCGGACAAAGGCCUUCGUUUCUUCUCUGAAAAGGUCAGUCACCAUCCCAUGGUUGUUGCCUGUCACUGUGAGGGCAGAGGUUGGAAAUUCUGGGCUGACUCUAAUCUCAAGGGUAAAUUUUGGGGUCGCUCCAUCCAACUGGAUCCGGUUGGUAUACUUAUGCUUCAGUUUGAAGAUGGCGAGACAUUUCAGUGGACUAAGGUGACAACUUCCAUAUACAACAUUAUAAUCGGUAAAAUUUACUGUGAUCAUUAUGGCACCAUGCGAAUCAAAGGCAGCGGAAACUAUUCCUGCAAGCUUAAGUUCAAAGAGCAAUCUAUAAUAGAUCGGAAUCCCCAUCAGGUUCAUGGUUUUGUACAAGACAAUAGAACUGGUGAGAAGGUUGCGAUGUUGGUAGGAAAGUGGGAUGAGGCAAUGUACUAUGUCUUGGGAGAUCCGACUAUGAAGCCAAAGGGUUAUGAUCCAAUGACUGAAGCUGUCUUGCUCUGGGAGAGAGACAAAUCCGUCACCAAAACCAGAUACAACCUCACACCUUUUGCAAUAUCUUUGAAUGAAUUGACACCGGGUUUGCAGGGGAAGCUGCCACCAACGGACUCAAGACUUCGGCCUGAUCAGAGACAUUUGGAGAAUGGCGAAUAUGAGCUGGCAAAUGCCGAGAAGCUCAGACUUGAACAGUUGCAAAGACAGGCUAGGAGGAUCCAAGAAAGUGGGUGGCAACCCAGAUGGUUCCAGAAAGACGAAGAAGGUUGUUACCGUUACAUUGGUGGAUACUGGGAAACUAGGGAAAAGGGGAAUUGGGAAGGAAUUCCCGAUAUAUUUGGACAGAGGAGCGAUAUACCUCUUCCUUCUUGUAGUAUACCAGAAGACGAAUGAGCGAUUUUCCUGGCCUAAAUUUGUUUCCAGAUUUUCUGCAGAAAUUCCAUUGUAGCUUUAUGUGGGGAUUGUGAGAUAUCAGGCAUUCCUCAAGUAAUUGUAUCAAAUUCGUUCUUAGGUAUAGAUGUAGCCGUGUAGGUAUUCGUCAGUGUAAGUUACGGUAGAUUUGAUCUUGUAGAUGUCACCAUUGUGCUUCAAGUACUCGGUUUUUUUACCCCAUGUUUACCGAGUACAAGUCAGAUUAUUGAACAUGCUUCAGUCGGCCUUGUUCCUGCUGUCGAUAAAUGGAAGCUCGUAUCCUGUAUUCUUAUCUGACCUAGUAUCUGUAUUCUUAUAAAUACUUCAGAAAAGAAAAAAGGAAACAAAGAUGUCCCAGGCUUUCUUCAUUGUGCACAAGUCUGAUUAGUGUUAAAGACUUGUUAGUAGUACUUUGCAGUA